AGAGUGGAAUGUCUGCUUGCUUGUCUUUUCAAAGUGUAAGGAAGCAGCAAGUGGAUGAAGUCACUUUCUAUCCCUAUUGUGUGGCUGAGGUACCAUUUCAGAAGAAGCCCAACAGGUCCUGUCAAUGUAGGAUGGCUCAGCCCUUCUCUGUGCUCUCGAUCCCCAGCCUGGAUGUGGUGAACCUUACCCUGAUCAGGACCAGCUCUGGGGCCUGUCUGAGAGGUCAGCUCCGAGGUCACGGCCGUCAGGUUUCCAUUAAAGUCCUGACUGUCCGGCGCACUACAGAGAGUGACUGGACUGAGCAUCUCAAGGAGAUUGCACUGGUGUGCCGGGUCCAAUCGGACCGGGUCAUGGUUCCUCUCGGGAUCUAUCGCUCCAAUCUCUUCCUGGGCUUGGUUUCUGAGUGGAUGGGCGGUGGCUCUCUAUACUCCCGCUUGCAUGAGUGCCAGCUGUUUCCGGACUUGCCCUUGCCACUGCUCCUCAGAAUUCUAUUGGAUGUUGCUGAAGGGGUGUGUCACCUGCACAGCCUGACUCCGCCUCUUCUUCACCAGGCCCUUAAGUCCAGCAAUGUCCUGCUCGACACGCAGAACCGGGCUAAGGUCUGCGACUAUGGGCUGUCUCAGUGGAGAGCCUGGAAUCUACAGUCAGUCCCUGCAGACUACAGUGGUCUGUGCAGCCGAGACCUGCCCUAUUUAUCACCAGAGACCUUGCGAGGCGAGGCACCGUCUGCAAAGGGAGACGUAUACAGUUUUGCCGUGCUCAUGUGGGAGGCCCUCAGCAGGAGAAGGCCGUAUCAAGAUAUUGGUCAGCCCCAGGAUCUGGUCUCAUUGGUCCAGAGCGGAGUGCGCCCCGAUACUGGGGAGGAGUUUAUACGUGGUACCGUGCCUCAGCGAAGCUCCCUGAUCCAGCUAAUGACACAGUGCUGGCACCCUGAUCUACACACCAGACCUCAGAUCAGAGAUUGUGUCCUGGAGCUGCGCAGAGUUGUGGAGACGUUUCACCCCUACACACUUUCACAGGCUGCCCUCCAGCUGAAAGAAAUGAAGGAGAGGGCGCUAGAGGGUUGCAAGGACCACCUGACCCAUGCGCUACAGAUUGAGAUCAACAACCUUGAGAUUUCCAGUAGGAAUCCCAAGACUGCUGGAAACAAGUCUGUUCCCAUGCACACACUACAGAUGUUGACCUCUGCACCAGUGGGCCCUGACCCGCACAGGACAAGCCCAAAAACUCCCCCAGUCCCCCAGAUGAGGCGAGGCGUUCCCAUGGAGGCUGCGUCCCAGAGAGAGAGCUGUAGCUUUGCAAGUUCUGUGCCCAGCAGACCAGUCUGUCCCAGAGUUGAUAGCUGGGAGCAACAGAGCAGCCCAGGCAGGUGCUGUCUUGGGCAGAGCCCUCCACCCCCACCCCUGCACCGAACAGGCUCCUUCAGCCAGCCUGAUCAGUGCUCACUGGCGUGGUUUCCAGAGAGGAGCUGCUGCCGGAUCCUGCAGGCCAGGCGGGGCUCCAUCGUUCGGGGGAUGACGGAGGGGAGGCUGAACUACGUGCUGGACAGGCUGCGUUCACGACAGGCGCUGGCCCGAGAAGACUAUGAGUACAUCACGGCUGCCCUGACGCUGGCGGCCCGCACUCGCUGCCUGCUGGACACCUGCCUGUGCCUGGGAGAAGGGACGGCUCAGCUGGUAGUGCAGGCCCUGGGCCUGGGCUCAGCUGGGGGGCUGUGCCAGUGAGAGGGUCGCUGGGCUGGGUGAUUGAACUCGCAGGAGCAGGCUGUGUCGGGGAGGGGGGUGGAUAGACCCUGGGAUUCAAACGGAAAUGCAAUCACGUGAUAUCCAAACUCGCGAUUGAAAGUUCUCAUUUAUAGCUGUAUCGUGAAGCAGGGUUUGGAAGAAACUGUUUCUAAUACGUAAUAAUAAAAGGGUUGUAAUCUGUGCUGUAAUUAUAGCACACACUUUUACAGCAGACUUCAAAGACAAAGGAACUUCUAAGGCAGACGUGGGUCUGCUUGGGUUCACUUAUCAAAGUGUUUUGUUUCGCAGAGUAGAACGUUUUUUGUCAUGUUAAUAUAUUUAAAUGUAUUCGUUAAACCAUCGCAGUUUAAGUAGUUUUUAUAAAACGUUAUACUUUGCUGUGUCGUGUAUAGUAGUUAUAUCUACUGGCAAGGCUAUGAGAGCCUCAUCUCUUGAGUGUUUUUGGUUCUAGUCUUUUCGUGUUAAUGAUCAUAGCCAAGGGGGCAGGAGUUUUAUAGUCAUUAACUUAAAAUGUAAUAAAUAUUCAGCGUUGCUAAAUUUAAAUUGUUAAAUUACUGCUCGCCACACAUCACAUUGAAUGAGGUCUCAAUUAGAUUUUUAAAAAAAGAUUUUUAUUUUUUAUUAUUUUCUUACCUGGAUGAGAAUUUAUAUUGAAACUCCUGCACUCUCCCUACUCACAAGGCAGCAACUGUACACAACAUUAUUGAAUAUAAUUCUGUAUCAUUUUAUAGUACUGGGUAUUCAUAUCUUGCAUCAAGAACAAAGGAUCUGCUAGUACUGGUGUUAUAGUAUGA